GUUUGGUUUCUACAGUAAAUCAAAGUUUGGAGCAAAUCAAAAGCUUCCACAAAGGUGUUUGAUUCAGUUGUCUGGUUUUCUCCAAGAAGAGCCAUCCAAUAUCCUCGAUCCCACUUAAAAGAAGCAGACAGUUUUGGAGUUCCAUGCGAUUAAGCGCUAACAGCCUCUGCUUACAUAAUAAUUGGAUGACCUCACUUGUCAAUCAUAGCAGCACCUCCCACUAGGCAUAAUGUUGGUCCCAAAUGAUCCGUCUACUAACUGGAGUGACCAGACGGAGUUCCCUGGACCUCUGACACCUACAGACACUGCUUACGAGAGCAGACAAGUCUGCCAAAAAAAGGGACUCGAGCUUCAAGUCCAACAAGCAUUCAGCAAAGCUUGUUGUUCUCAGUUACUUGUCAAAGUCACGGGAUCCAUUCAGGGCAAUUCUAGAGCGUUGAUGGCGCAUUACUAAUUUCUGUGACAUCAUGCACGUCUUUGAUGCCUUUGUGUCUUUGAUAGUGCAAGUCACUAGUAUUGGACUUGGAGAGGGUUUCGCACAAUAUACUGCACUUUUCAUUCUGUAUUUGUGAAUAAGGAGUCCGAUACGAACAAUGGCGAGCUCAAGCACAGAUUCCGAGUGCAUCCUCAAGUGGAAGAACAGGAAGCUGAUGGAGAAAGCUCGUGAAUUCAACAACCUCUGGGCAAGCGACAUCCGGGGUCGCAAUCAAAAAGUCGAGGCAACGCAAGCCAAGCACCGGGCCCUCGAGGAGAAGCUGGAGACGAUCAACAAGGAGAACGCAGAAUUAAUCUCACAGCAGAAAAUCUACGAAGCCAAAAUCUUCCUGCUGACACAGAAGAGGAAUCUCCUGGAAAACCAAGUGCGUGACCUGAAGGCACUGGAGGUCAAGAUGAAGAAGAGGAUAAGCGAUCUGGAGCAGAUUGAGGGGAACUUGGAGAUGAGACUGGAAUCGCAGGCAGAGCAGCACAAGGAAAAUAUCAAGAAGACAGAGGAAAAAAUCCAUAACAGGUUCCGCGAUAAAGAACGGGCACUGCAGGCGAAGGCGGAUGCGCAACGCGUAGAGAUGGAAAACAUAGAGAAACGUGUCCAGAACAUCAAAGACGAAAACAGCACACUGAAGCAGGAACUUAAACGUGCAGUGCGACGGUAUGACAAGGAUCGCGAAACGCACCGAAAAAUGACAGCCAAGAUGGAAUUUGACUACCAGGUAGACCUGAGGACGGCAAAGAUGAAGAACAAGGUGCUGACGGACCGAGUGGAGACCCUCUCGACGACCACAGAAGACAAGGUCAAAGAGAACGAAGCCCUGAGAGAGAGGCUCAAAAGCAAGACCCAGGAAUGGGAGAAAAAGCGAGUGGAACACGCCGACAUGCUGCUCCAGAUCGAGGCGUUGACUGAGAAGCUGCAGAGGGAGCAGAAGCGCACGGCCACGUUGAAUGAGCGCGUGACACGGAUGGAGAAGGAGAUAGAGUCCAUGUGGAACAAGUAUGAAAUCGAGCAGAAGGCUCACCUGUUCACCAAAAAACAUUCGGGUUUGGUGAUGCGGAAACACAACGAUCUGUUGGAUAGGAUCAAGUUCCUGGACCACCGGAUCAAGAGUCAACAAACCAGCAUUCAGAAGCUGGAAUCUCACCUAUCCGCCAAGUCUACCUUCAUCCGGAACAUCAGCCUGGACAUCGAGACGUCAAUGUCGCUGGUCAAUGACCCCAAGAAAUUCAUCAAGGAGAUCAUCCGCAUCAAAGCAAAACUGUUUGCCGAUGAUAAGGACUCGCAUUUGUUGCAAACGGCCGAGCUGGUCUUCCAAGCUGUGGAAUCGCAAAAGUCAAGGUAUGAUCGCUACGACUCGACCAUACACAAUCUCCGCAAGCAGAUUAGGAAUAAGGAGCUGCACAUGCUGCGGCACAUCGAGAAGAUCGAGAAGCCUCGAAGCGAGCUCAUCAAGAUAGUCAAUGAACAACGGCGGGAGCUGGCUAAACUCAAGAGCGAGAUGAACCAAGUAACUCACACGCUGCGGGAAGUCAACAACUACCUGCCGCAGAAGGUUCAGUCGUGGGUCAAGGACAGGAUCAGCGGGGCGGUCACGACUGUCACCCCAAUACACUAGAACAGGUGGUGGACAACCACUUUGCGUUUCAUGUUCAAACUAUUUUCUAGUACCUUGCUUGGAUUUACAAGAUAAAACCUUGACAACAACAUGCUAGCUGAGAUUGUAUUCGCUCCUCAGUGCAAAACUUUGGUGUAUGCGACAUUUUGGGGAGUCCAAAAUUUGGAGAUGCUCCUUACAGCCACAUUGAUCUGAUAGCCUUUAAAAACAAACGAGGUGGCAGACCCUCUAUCUCUGGAUCCAUAAACCCCACAAGACUAAAGGUAAAAUAUGAAAAUAAAUCAAUGCAAUUCAGCACUUGACUCCAUGCCCAGUUACAUUGCUAAAUCCCCCUUAGCACGCCCUCACUUGUCACAUGGAAUUCUACCCAGGUCUUGCCAACAAUCUACACCAGGUUGUGUUUCACCUUCCUGUGUUUUACACCACAAUACAUGACCUCCAACUGUAGUGAUCUAGUUUCCAGGUUUCUGGUUUGCAGUCACUCAGCCAGGUUCACAAAUAAGCUCUGUAAUAUUUAUGCUAUGUGUACUGUUAAAAACCACGAUUGCAAUGACCGGUGUAAGGCUGUUUGAUAUCUUGUGUAUGAUUGCUGUGUUUUUGACUCUCGAAGAUUUUAUUAUUCUUUCAGAAACUGGUCAUGAGAAACUAAACACAUUGUUUCUAUUGCA